AGUCUGAACUAAACUCUGCUCAGCUCCUCCCCUCCCCCCAUCCUCUCCAACUGAACCCUUAUCAGAGCUCUGCAAAUGAAUCCAUCUCUUUCCUUUUCUGCCUCUUUAUCGAGCCCAAUGAAGUCGCAGGUCCAUGAUCCAACUGUGCUGCGUGGCGAGCUCUUUCCUAUAAAAUCCCCCUUCUCCACUGUUAGAGCUGUGAGGCGGGAUCGAGAUUACUUGAAGAUUCUCUCUUCUCCACUGAUAGAGUUUUGAGGAUUAGGGUUUUCGUGAGAGUUCUCCACUGUUAGCAUUUCCUUAGUUUUUUUUUUUGGCGAGAGCUUGCCGACGAAGAUGGACCCUACCGAGAUUGAGGGGGGUUCCUUGGGCCACACUGUGAUCUCGCCGACUACGAUGGCGCCUAGCAACUUGCCGGAGAGGACGCCUCCGAGCGACAUCCAAAUGGCCAAUUCUGAUACCGGCGAACUCCAGGAGCACAGCCAGCGCCGCAUGAGUGUUAAUUCUCGUUCGUCUGAACCCUUAUCAGAGCUCUGCAAAUGAAUCCGUCUCCUUCCUUUUACGCCUCUUUAUCGAGCCCAAUGAAGUCGCAGGUCCACGAUCCAACUGUGCUGCGUGGCGGGCUCUUUCCUAUAAAAUCCCCCUUCUCCACUGUUAGAGCUGUGAGGCGGGAUCGAGAUUACUUGAAGAUUCUCUCUUCUCCAUUGAUAGAGUUUUUGCGGAUUAGGGUUUUCGUGAGAGUUCUCCACUGUUAGAAUUUCCUUAGUAUUUUUUUUGGCGAGAGCUUGCCGACGAAGAUGGACCCUACCGAGAUUGAGGGGGUUCCUUGGGCCACACUGUGAUCUCGCCGACUACGAUGGCGCCUAGCGACUUGCCGGCGAGGACGCCUCCGAGCGACAUCCAGAUUGCCAAUUCCAAUACCGACGAACUCCAGGAGCACAACCAGCGCCGCGUGAGUGUUAACUUUCGUUCGUCUGAACCCUUAUCAGAGCUCUGCAAAUGAAUCCGUCUCCUUCCUUUUCUGCCUCUUUAUCGAGCCCAAUGAAGUCGCAGGUCCACGAUCCAACUGUGCUGCAUGGCGGGCUCUUUCCUAUAAAAUCCCCCUUCUCCACUGUUAGAGUUGUGAGGCGGGAUCGAGAUUACUUGAAGAUUCUCUCUUCUCCAUUGAUAGAGUUUUUGCGGAUUAGGGUUUUCGUGAGAGUUCUCCAGCAUUUCCUUAGUUUUUUUUUUGGCGAGAGCUUGCCGACGAAGAUGGACCCUACUUAGAUUGAGGGGGGUUCCUUGGGCCACACUGAGAUCUCGCCGAAUACGAUGGCGCCUAGCGACUAACCGGCGAGGACGCCUCCGAGUGACAUCCAGAUGGCCAAUUCUGAUACCGGCGAACUCCAGGAGCACAGCCUGCGUCGCGUGAGUGUUAACUCUCGUUCGUCUGAACCCUUAUCAGAGCUCUGCAAAUGAAUCUGUCUCCUUCUUUUUCUGCCUCUUUAUCGAGCCCAAUGAAGUCGCAGGUCCACGAUCCAACUAUACUGCGUGGCAGGCUCUUUCCUAUAAAAUCCCCCUUCUCCACUGUUAGAGCUGUGAGGCGGGAUCGAGAUUACUUGAAGAUUCUCUCUUCUCCACUGUAAGAGUUUUUGCGGAUUAGGGUUUUCGUGAGAGUUCUCCACUGUUAGCAGUUCAUUUGUUUUUUUUUGGCGAGAGCUUGCCGACGAAGAUGGACCCUAACGAGAUUGAGGGGGGUUCCUUGGGCCACACUGUGAUCUCGCCGACUACGAUGGCGCCUAGCAACUUGCCGGAGAGGACGCCUCCGAGCGACAUCCAAAUGGCCAAUUCUGAUACCGGCGAACUCCAGGAGCACAGCCAGCGUCGCGUGAGUGUUAACUCUCGUUCGUCUGAACCCUUAUCAGAGAUCUGCAAAUGAAUCCGUCUCCUUCCUUUUCUGGCUCUUUAUCGAGCCCAAUGAAGUCGCAGGUCCACGAUCCAACUAUACUGCGUGGCGGGCUCUUUCCCUGGUCUGCUGUAUGAUAUUAUUGACUUGCCCUAAUCGAUAUGGACCUGGUUUAUGCUGAUGAUCGGGUAUAUGUUGCAAAUUGUGGGCUUGACUGUUGAUAUGCCUUAUGAUGGUUCGAGAAGGUGAUUGGGUAUGAUUUUUCAUGAUUGAUGUAUUUGAAUGUACAAGUGGGAAAAUAUAUAUCCCAUGGUGAUUAUUUGAUGUUUUAGGAGGAUGACUUGCACGAGGGUUUAUCCCGAGGAAGUGAAAUAAUACUACUGACUCGCU